AAGCAUUGGUGAGAAAUUGUUAGCAGUAACAAUGAGUUCAAUAGUGGAAAGGAAGAAGUUGAUUAAGGGGAAGGUGGUGUUGGUACAGAAGAGUGUGGCUCAAACCAUUAACAGUCCUCAGGGUCUUCUGACUACUGGCGCCAAGAUAGUUUACAACUCACCCACUCUUGAUAUCACUAAGUCCGUGUCUUUCAAGUUGAUUAGUUGUACCAAGUCCAAGUUAGAGAAUCCAAAAAGUUUUGGUGGAAAAGUUGGAAAGGAUACCUAUUUGGAGAAUAAUGUUUCUGUGGUACGAACUGUGCAAGAGAUAAAACAGGAAUUUGAUAUUUAUUUUGAAUGGGAUCUUAAUGAGAUGGGAAGUCCAGGAGCAUUUUAUGUAACAAACCUAAUGGAUGAGGAGUUCUUCCUUGUGAGUGUGUCUCUUGAAUAUCCAAUUAAACACGACUACCAUCAUAACAAUAUUAACUUUGACUGUAACUCCUGGGUUCACAACCGUAGUUGUUACAAAACGGAUCGCAUAUUCUUCUUCAACAUUCCAUUUGUUCCUUGUAGGACACCAGUGCAAUUACAAGAGUACAGAGAAGAAGAGUUGAAUAACUUAAGGGGAGAUGGAACUGGAAUGCGUCAGAAAUGGGAUAGGAUUUAUGAUUAUGAUGUCUACAAUGAUCUAGGCUUUCUUCCCAGCGAUGGACCUGAAGAUCACCCAGUUCUUGGAGGCCUCAAAUAUCCCUACCCUCGUAGGGUUAGGACUGGGAGACAACUCAUCCAGAAUAACAAAAAUGGUGAAUAUUAUGAGGUACCAGCUGACGCUUAUUAUGUUCCAAGAGAUGAAAAUUUCAGUGAUCAGAAGAUUGCGGAAUUCACUCAAUUAUCAAAGACAGCUUUAGGUGGAAGUCUCGGACCUUUGGUGCUAUCUAUGUAUUUAAAGACAACAUCAAAUGAAUUUAAUGGCUUCGAAGAAGUGCUGAAAAUGUACGAAGGUGGAGUUAAUCUGCCUAUAUCUAUCACUGGAAACACUCCUCCAAGUGCCCUUAACUUCCCAACUCCUGAUGUAAUCAAAGAGAGCAAGUUUGCAUGGAUGACUGAUGAAGAAUUUGCAAGAGAGAUGAUUGCCGGUGUAAACCCUAAUGUAAUUCGGCUUCUUAAAAAUAAGGAUGAGCUUGAAUUGCCAUGGAUAUCAACUUGCAACUGUCUUCAACGCAUUACAGUAACAGAAGAAGACUUGGAGAUUAACAUGGAUGGGAUCAAAGUAGAUGAGGCAAUCAAGAAUAGGAAAUUGUUCGUAUUGGAUUACUAUGAACCAUUCAUGACAUAUCUGACGAAGAUAAACGACCUUCCUUCAACAGAGGCUUACGCCACCAGGACAUUCUUGAUCUUAAAAGAAGACGGCACAUUGAAACCAAUUGCUAUUGAAUUAAGCAAGCCAUAUAUAUGUCCAUGUGGUCUUGAGCUUGUCGAGACCACAGUGGUGCUGCCUGCAGACAAAGGUGUUAAAAGUACAAUUUGGCAAUUGGCCAAAGCUCAUGUUAAUGUAAAUGACACAAGCUAUCAUGAGCUCAUAAGUCACUGGUUACAUACUCAUGCAGUGACCGAGCCAUUUGCCAUAUCAACACACAGGAAUCUCAGUGUACUUCACCCGAUUUACAAACUCCUUUAUCCCCACUUCCGUGACACCUUCAACAUAAACUCAUUUGCUAGGAAGUCCCUGGUGAGUGCAGGUGGCAUUAUUGAACAAACAUUUUUGCCUGGACCAUAUUCUAUGGAGAUGUCUGCCGCUGUAUACAAGAAAUGGGUUUUCGCUGAACAAGCAUUACCGAACGAUCUCAUCAAAAGAGGAUUGGCGGUGAAGGAUGUGAGUGCACCUCAUGGGUUGAGGCUUGCGAUAGAGGACUAUCCUUAUGCUGUUGAUGGACUAGAAAUAUGGAAUGCUAUUAAGCUAUGGGUACAAGACUACGUGGAUCUGUAUUAUUCAGACGAUGGGGCAGUUGAAGACGAUUGGGAAUUGCAAACAUGGUGGGAGGAAGCUGUGGAGAAGGGUCACGGUGACUUAAGAGCACCAUGGCCUGAACUUCAUAGUUCUCAAGAUCUGGUUGAGAUUUGCACUACCAUCAUAUGGGUUGCUUCAGCUCUUCAUGCCGCUGUUAAUUUUGGACAGUAUUCUUAUGGAGGUUAUAUCAUGAACCGUCCUACACAAAGCCGGAGAUGGAUCCCAAAAGCAGGAACUGAAGAGUAUGAAGAGGCGAAGAACAAUCCUCAAGAAGCUUUUCUGAAAACAAUUACUGCAAAGUACCACACCAUUAUUGAUCUUUCAGUGAUGGAGCUACUAUCAACCCAUUCUUCAGACGAGGUUUAUCUUGGACAAAGGGACAGUCUCAUUUGGACUGCUGAUGAAGAAGCAAACGCUUUGUUUAAAAGAUUUACAGAUGACUUAGGAAAAAUUGAGAAUAACAUCUAUGACAGGAACAACAACAAAGGACUUAAAAAUCGUACUGGACCGGUCCAAGUGCCCUACACUUUUCUUCUUCCCACCAGUAAACCGGGUUUGACUUCCAGAGGAAUCCCUAACAGUAUCUCUAUCUAAACCCUCUUUCCUUUUGCUUUCUGCUUUUUACCUUUCAAUAACCGCCGCAUGUUACGUGCAUGCCGCCUCAUCACUGUGUGUGUUCUUGUUGAACUCACUCGCAUUCUCUUUCAUGUUGCUUCUGUACCCUAAUAAUAAUAAAUAAGCUCAUUUUUCCUGUUAUUCAUGGCGGGAACAUUUGGGCUUUCAGCUCUAUCUGUUAUUCAAGAAUUAUUAUCAUCAAUGAAUAUUAUGUUCUUAAUCUCUAUUA